CAUGGCUUCGUCCGGCUCCUCCAGCACCUCAAGCGGGCCCGUCGCCACAGGAUCUCGAAGGAGGCGGCUCGUUCUGAGGCUGAGCCAGAAGGACGCCCUGCAAGCGCUCUUUCAACGGAACCCCUACCCUGGGAUAGCGACCAGAGAACGGCUGGCCCGGGAGCUUGGCAUUGCCGAAAGCAGAGUUCAGGUCUGGUUCCAAAACCAACGCAGAAGACGGUCAAAGCAGAGCCGAUCGCCGCCGUCUGAAUAUGUGCACCGAGAAGGGGAAGCGGGGCCAACGUCCACGCCCACGCCACCGUCGCGCCCGCCUCGACCUCAGUCUUCCUCUCCAGGAGACUCGGCCCGAGAGGCCCGGAGAAAGAGGACCGUCAUCUCUCCUUCCCAAACAAGCAUCCUUGUGCAAGCCUUCACGAGGGAUCGCUUCCCGGGGAUUGCCGCCAGGGAAGAACUGGCUCGUCAGACGGGAAUCCCAGAACCUCGAAUCCAGGUAUGGUUUCAAAACCGAAGAGCUCGGCACCCCCAGCAGAGCCCGAGCGGGCCCGGCGGCGCAGCAGCCACGACUCCUCCUGCUCCAGAGGACCGAAGGGCCCCACCCGCUGUCCAGAGCACCUCUCCUCCCCUUCGCCCCUCCCCGCCACAGGAGAGCAUGCCACCCUCGGCGGCGGCGGCGGCCGCAGCUGCUCCGUUCGGGGCCCCCGCCUUCUGGGUGCCCGGGACUGCCUCUGGGGUCUGUGUGGGCCAGCCGUUGAUGAUCUUCAUGGUCCAGCCCAGCCCGGUGGCUCUCCAGCCAAGUGGGAAGCCACCACCUCCUGCCCAGCCGGAGGCACACAUCCCGCGCUGGCCGGGGUCACCCUACGGGGAAGGCGCGGCCCCUCCGCUAGAGCCACAGCCCCAGCCCCGCAGCCUCCCAAGCUCGACGAGCCUCCUCGACGAGCUCUUGGCGGCCGCGGGCGUCCCCGCCUCGCCGGGGCCUUCCCGGGGCCGCUGCCGACCACGGGGGGACCCGGCCCUGCCAGGCGCACCCAGCCUCCUCGACGAGCUCUUGGCGGCCGCGGGCGCCCCCGCCUCGCCGGGGCCUUCCCCGGGGCCCUCUGCCGUCGCAGCGCAACAGGCAGCUCUCGCUGGCACACCCAGCCUCUUAGAGGAAAUCUUGGCUGCCACCGGCAUCCGCGCCACGCCGGGGCCUUCCCUGGGGCCCUGUGCCGGUGAACGGGCACGCCUCGCCCUCCCAGGCUCACCCAGCCUCCAAGACGCGCUCCUGGCUGCCCCGGGCAUCCCGGGCUCGCCGGGUCCUUUCCCGGGGUCCUCUCCUGUCGUCGCGGGGCCCACCCAGCCUUCCCGGGUCACCCAGCCUCCUAGAGGAAAUCCUGGCUGCCACGGCCACCCGGGACACGCCCUGGUCUCCUGCGGGGGCCCCUGGGGGGACGAGGGGGUUGAGGCCACCCUGGAAGCACCCCUCAGUGAGGAGGAUUACCAGGCCCUCCUCGACAUGCUGCCAGGCUCCCCAG